UUUAAUUUGGCCUUGUAGGAGAAGUUUAAGAAUAAACCUUGGCUGCUGGAAGACGAAACCGGUCAGUUUCAGUUCCAUGGUCACCUUGAGGGCACACAGACAGCCACAUAUUAUCUUCUAAUGCUUCAAGGGAAGGAAUUUGUUGCUAUACCUGCUGGUUCCUGGUACAAUUUUAACAAAGUGGCACAAUAUAAGCAACUCACUUUGGAGGAAGCCGAGGAAAAGAUGAAUAAUAGAAGGAAAACAGCUGAUGGCUACCAGAGAUGGAUGAUGAAGGCAACACACAGUGGAGCUGCAGCCUUUGGUGAAGUUGAGAAGUUUGACGGUCGGGAAGGUGCAGCUGCUGGUGGGAGGGGGCGCAAAAAAACUACAGGGGAUGAUGAUGAAGCCAAUACAUCAGAUAGAGGAGAUGAAGAUGAAGAUGAAGAGUCAGCAAGAAAAAACAGGUUGGGGCUCAACAAGAAAAGUGGGGAUGAUGAUGAAGAAGGUCCAAGAGGUGGUGACCUUGAUUUUGAUGAUGACGAUAUUGAGAAAGGUGAUGAUUGGGAGCAUGAAGAAAUUUUCACUGACGAUGAUGAAGCUGUUGGAAUUGAUCCUGAGGAACGAGAAGAUUUGGCUCCCGAGAUCCCUGCACCUCCAGAAAUUAAGCAGGAUGAUGAGGAUGAGGAUGAAGCUGAUGAAGAAGACAAGGAGGGGGGGUUGAGUAAAUCUGGAAAAGAGCUGAAGAAGCUGCUUGGACGAUCUAAUGGACUGAAUGAUUCCGAUUCAGAGGAUGACGACGACGAUGAUGAUGCGGAAGAUGAUAUAUCUCCUGUGCUCGCCCCAAAGAAGGAAGCUCCAAAAGAAGAGCCAGUUCAUAACAACAGUCCCCUCAAAGCAACAAAUUCUACAGCUGGUCGUGGAACACCAUCUACUUCAAAAUCGUCCAAGGGGAAAAGAAAAGUCAGCAGCGAGGAGUCAAAAACACCAAAUAGUGCACCUUUAAAGAAAGUGAAAACAGAAAAUGAAACAAAAGCUGUGAAAGAUGAGAAUGUUUCAUCCUCAAAAAGCGUUGCACAUCCUAAAGGUGCAAUGGCUCCCACAUCAUCAAAAAGUGUGCCAGCACCAGCGACUGGACCAGUUACUGAAGAUGAAAUCCGGGCUGUUCUACUACCAAAGACGCCAGUGACCACAAAGGAUCUUCUGGCUAAAUUCAGAUCCAGACUGAAGACGAAAGAGGAAAAGGAUGCUUUUUCAGCUAUAAUGAAAAGGAUAUCAAAGAUCCAGAAGACCAGCGGUGCAACAAAUUAUGUAGUCCUAAGAGAUAAUUUGGCGUAGCGUCUAUGCUAUUACCAUUCAACUAUUCAAGCCAGGACAAGUUUGUGGAUUUUGAUAUUUGUUCCUCCUUCCAAUAAAAGUUAUUUUAAAUGCGAGUA